GAAAGGGAAGCCUGGCGUGCUGCAGUCCAUGGGGUCACAAAGAGUUGGACACGACUGAGCAACUGAACUCUCUCUUAAAAACAUGUCAGUUCUAUCUCAGCACAAAGCAGAUGCACCACAGAUGUUAGCUUACUCUGGCCCUAAUAACAGUGAUGGGAAAUCCAGGCAAAGACGUGUUGUUUUCACUAAUACUGCUCCUUAAAUCUCAGACGAUAAAGUGUCAGCUAAUUACCCCCUGGGUCCCUGGCUUUCACUGGAGCCUUCUAAAAUACACAAAACCAAAAUGAAGGCAGAACACUAUUAGCACUCCAUAAUUCAAGCAAACAAGAGAUGUGUUUACUCUGCCUGGCUACUGACCACCUGCCUUCCCAUCCCACAAGGCAGGUAUCCAUAUAUAGCAUCUCCCUGGUCACAGUACUGCAGGGAGUGAACCUCUUUCUGGGCCUCACAGUCUGUGAAUCUGCAAGAAGCGGGCCCUGACAUCAUGCAUCUUCUUUUCCUUCAGCUGCUGGUGCUCCUGCCUCUAGGGGAGGCUGUACAGCGCAGGGAUGGUCACCAGAGGCAAAGUUCUGUCUCUCUCGUGCUCCUAGAAAGGAAUCGCAGAGAGCUCUCCAUGGGCACUCAGGAGGAAGCAGAGGAGAAGCCAGAUCUGUUUGUGGCCAUGCCACACCUGAUAGGUGCCAGCCCUGCAGAGGAGGGCCAGAGGCAGAGGGAAAAGAUGCUGUCCAGGUUUGGGAGAUUCUGGAAGAAGCCCGAGAGAGAGCUGCACCCAUCCCAGGGCUUGGUCAGUGAGCAGAUCUUCCCUGGGACUUGGGGCCUCACACAGCCCAAGGGUAGGAUGCUGAUGGAGAAAUCUCCUCUCCGGGAAGAAGCCAAGAAAUUCUGGCACCACUUCAUGUUCAGAAUGAGUCCAGCUUCUCAGGGGAUCAUCCUGCCUAUCAAAAGCCACGAAGUGCAUCAGGAGACCUGUAGGACAGUGCCCUUCAGCCAGACUAUCACCCAUGAAGACUGUGAGAAAAUGGUUGUACAGAACAACCUCUGCUUUGGAAAAUGCGGGUCCCUUCCUUUUGCUGAAGCUGCGCAGCACCCCCACACAUUCUGCUCCCACUGCCUGCCUGCCAAGUUCACCACGAGACACUUACAGCUCAACUGCACCGGCCUGGCCAUGGUGGUCAAGGUGGUGAUGCUGGUGGAGGAAUGUCAGUGCAUGGUGAAGACAGAGCAUCAGCAUGGCUACCCUGCACAGGCUGACUUUCGGGCAGAAUUUAAUGUCCAAGAUCCCUUUAUCCCAGGAUUUUCAACAUAA